AUGCCCGUCGACAAGUCUGCCCCUCUCGGGCUGGGCGCCCUCGGCCAGCUCGACGCUGUGGCCAUCGUGGCCAACGUGGGCACGCCCAAGAAGUGGCGAAGUACCUUCCGGCGGUGCGGAAUUCGGCUGGGCGACAUCACAGGCGCCGUGGACAGCCGGGCCGGUACGGAUGCCAGGAUCCGGCACAUCGACGCCGGCCUGGCCAUAAUGGCCACGAUGGACGGGCCGGAGGUGUACAGGGGUCAGGGCGAUAAGCCGGCGCCUCAGACGGCUCCUACGGGACCCCCCGGGUAA